AUGUGCUGCAUACUGGAGCGCGGGACGUCGGGUCAGCAAAAUCGACCGGACAAUAUAAAGGCCUCAGAUGCUUCAUCGCGGUCCUCGAAGAAGAAAUCUGCGGGAAACAAAUUUCUUCCUCUCGACACUCGGAUUCGUUUCAUGAUGAAGGAUAUCAUAGAGCUUCGGCAAAAUAAUUGGGUUCCGCGUUACACUGGGCAACAAGCCGAGUCCAACAAACCCAAACUUCUUUCUGAAAUUCGGAGGGAACUAGAGGUGGUAUGUUUUUAUUUUUGACAUCACAAAGCUUGUGCCCAUCUUUGUAUUUUCAAAUUUAUACAGUGAUCAAUAUCGAUAUCUGGACAGUGACGCUAAGACUAACGCCACCAGACUUGAGACGCAAAGUAUGUGAUUCUUAGUCUACAUGGCCAACGUGGUGAUUAUGUUAAGGUAGCGCGCUCCACAUUUACCUGAAAUCUUGAGCCAUUUUUAUAGUAAUGCUUACUUGAAGCCUCCAAAAAUUAAGUCCAAGUUUUAGAUUAAGGGUGUAAAUUUUCAGAAAACUUGAAUAACAUCCUUUUAAAACACGUUUUAUCUAUCUCAAGGAUGAUCCAGUGUCAAGCGCAUUUAUAGUCGCCUUUUUGUCUUCCGGAUUAAACUACUUAAGCGUUUUUAUUUUUACAGAAAACGGGAACUGUCCUGGAGCCAUCACGCAGUGAACGGUCCCCAACCCAUCGUGACGUGCCAGGCAGCGGUUAUCACCCUUUGGAUGGUAAUUCACCCACUUUCGGCCUUACUGGAUCUGCCUCAUGCAGAUCCAGCGAACUCUGGGGAAUGAGCGCGGAGGCAGACUGGAUGAAGCUCAACCAGAUGAGCAAAGCUCUGUGUUCUCAGCGCAAAGAAUUAGAUUUGUUCGGCAGCUCACCUCCCAGCAACGGAAAUCACGCCUAUACGAAAGAGCGUUCGCGGCAAUCUUUUAACAGCCGGAAUUCUAGGGCUGUUACUCCGAUCUCCGUCACUGGCGCAUCUUCCCUUCUCUCAAACAACUCCGGUAUUAUGUACGGUAGUAGUUUUCGACGUGACAGUAGUGAUGACUUCCGAAGGACAUCAAGUGGUGGGAGCGUCGGUGCUCGAACCUUCAACGUCGGCCGAAUGAGUGAUGCGUUUACCCGAUUCACUGGCCGUGACUUCGAAACAGUCAGCAACGGCAGCAGGACAAGCAGUGGCAGCAACGGUCUCUGGACUCGUGGCAUCGUCCUCCGUGGCAAUUCCAGUAAUCAGCCGGCGGGCGAUAAUGCCAUGCUACCACGUUUUCAACGACGGACUAUCAUAAAUCAGUUUCACAAGUCGGAUCAAGCCACUGUACCCUCCAUGUCAAACUCGGGCUACUUUGAGGUGUGAAAUCUGGCUUAUAUUUACGUUCGCAAUUCGUUUUUAAUCACGGAAAUGAAGUAUGCCUAAAGGAUUGACAGCAUGUUUUCUUUAAGUUAUGACUCAUUACGAUGGAAUUUAAGCCAAAUUCAAGACCAGUAAUUGAGCUACAAUAAUUCUGUCAUGGCCGGAUAGUCAGGGGUAAGAUCCGAGCAUUCUUCGUAGUCAUUUUCCAAUUCUGUGGAAGUCGGUCCACUUCCCCAUGUUCUCCGACUAGUAUCCAGUGAUUCAAAUUACCUCGUUAAUCCCUAUCAUUGUAUUUCUUGAAAACCUCAUUUCAGCCCGACUAUCUUUCCUCAAAGGUCGUAAGCAAUUCCCACACAUCACCCAGUGACUCUCUUACCAAUUCGCUCAUGGGUCAGGAUGCCAGCUCAGGCGCUGAAGGUACGACAAGAUUGGUGCCUCACGACAGCUUGGUCUCUGUCCAGACAGUUGCUGGUACCGGUCGUCAGUUAUCCACUGUCCAGCACAAUCCGGUCUCUCCUGCGCAUGGUAAUCGGUGGAGUAGUCAAACUGACAGUCUAUCCGCGACGAGGCGCCCGGCAAUUAACUCAACUCAUCCUCUUGUUGGCGGAGGUCAAAUGAUAUCUGGAAAGUCCCUACCGCACGAAGACAAUAAAGAGGCCUCAAAAACUAUUGUAAGUUAUAGAUCAGUGCUCUCCCCCUCUUGAUCGACUCUGCCUAGACACUGCUUUGAACUGUUUUUGGCCAUUUUUGUGACAUGUUGCGUCCUGAUGAGGGGUGGCCUGGGUUUUGACUCUUAGCAGAAUCCAUAAGAAAACUGGUUCUCUACCUCACGGAUAUCACUGACUACCAAAACUAUUUUGGUUAUGUUUCGCUUGCCUGACCGUUCGUAAUUCAAAUCAAAAAUAUUUUGGUGCCCUAAGCCACCAUCUCUAUAGUUUGGAUGUCGGAUUUCGUAGACGGGCUUUGUCUUUGCCGCUCGGUUUUUCACUAUUGCAUGUGUACCACAUCAUAUUGUCCUGCGCACCUCGUUUAUGGGCUAUCAUCCCGUUUUUUAUUAGCCAAACUAACCCUCCUCCCCCAUAUUUUGUCCUCGCUUCUUUCACUGUCUCGUUUAUCAUCGCGGUCUACUACCGGUGUGCUGGUUUAUUUCAGCGUCGUACUUCAUGUCUCCCAUGCGUGGUCAUGUGGUGUGUUGCCGUUCACACCGAUAUCAUACUUAUUUCAUAAUUUGCACUGCAGCUUUCUAUACUGGAGUCGGCAACCGAUGUCGUGACCGCUACCGCUUCUCUGCAAGAAAAGAAUUUGGUCUCACGGUUCAGUAAGGACGUCCUUCUAAAGCUCCUGCUAAGGUUCUGCAGUGACUGUGAGUUCUCUUCCCAUACUUUUUUUUCCUGUGCCAUCACGAUGUUCCUUCUGUGUCAUAUUUUUCUUUACCACCUUCCACUUACCAGACAAUAGUCCCUUGUACUUGGACCAAAAAGGCAAAUUCUCGGCCAGCCUUCUGGUUUCCGUCCUUUCCGAAAUACACAGCUCCAGCACCAAGCUCGAGACAAUUCCGGCCUCCGGACUGGGCACUCGUCAGCUUGCAGACGAAGCCAGGCCCAUCCAGACGUCUCUGCCGGCUUCUUUGAACUCCGCUUGGCUGAAGGUCGUGCAAAGCCUCUCCUCAACCUCCAUCAAGACAACUCUGGCCUUUGUUGUAGCUAGGCUCGUAUUGGCAGGUCUCUUGAGUCUGGAGGAGAUGGCUGCGCCACUCACGGCAGGCCGUCACUAUCCCCUUUUUUUGUUGGUGCUUCAACAACUCUCGCAGAUGCUCGAGUCCGAUGCUAUGCCCGGGUCUUUCCUCUCCUCGUCCUUCGUGGAGGAUGGCGAUUUUAUUCCGGUCUGUGGCGAGGGUCCAUUAUGUGAUGUGUUCAAGCAUUCCAAACAGGGACGCAAACGCUUUCUGGCGGAACACUUUAAAAACAGCAAAAUUGACAUGGAAAAAAUGUUGCCAGGCAAGUGUGCCAUUUUGUGGCGUACCAGUUGACAAACGCAUAAGACAAACAAGAUUUUGCCUCUAGUUUGUCAUCAAAGGACAUAUCGGGAGCGACUGUAGUCGUAACCAUUGCCGACGACUGUUUUACGAGGCGGAAAGUUGAUCCUUUUAGGCCAAAAACAUAUGUAAAAUGGGCUUGGGUCAUUGCGUGCGUUGUUAAAAACUUAUAGGGAUCGCACCGUAACCCCCAAUUCCUUUGGCAUACACUUAAUUAAGAAAUUUCCCAGUUACUUCAGUCGUACAUUCUUUCGGCUUAGCCGGCCUCGGCUAAUUGACGAAGUCUAGUCAACAUACGAGUAGGAACUUUAUUUCUAAGCAAUGUUGCAUAGGCCCGACCGCCAUUUUGUGACCUUUGUCUGUCCAUUUUGUAGUUGGCAGUCAGGCGCCGGACCGCAUGCUUGCUGUACUGGAGGAACGUGCACUGACGUUUCUGGUGCCUGGUCUCCAAGUAGCUGAGGAAUUGUCCCAGCUCCUCUUGUCGGGUCUUGACACAACUGUAGAUUCACCGGCCGACGAAAGCGACCGUCCUUCGCAGCUCCCGCCUCUCUCACCACAGUUUGCUACCCGACUGGAAGCGUACCUUAGCGAAGCAGAAGGCAGCGUCACGGCGGACUUUGUACACAGCCUCAUGGCUACCGUCUUCCAACGUAUUCUGCAACUCGGCGUUGGGAUCUUGGGCGCUUCUGCCUCUGUUGAGGACCUCAUGACUCUCGAAGAGCAGGCCUGGAAACAGUUGGCCGAUGCCAAUCUAAGGGUCUGCUUCAAAGACUCACCGAGUCACCAAUUGGACGCCCUUCACGCUUUGCAGAUAUUCUGGAAUGACAAAUCUCAGCCUAAAGGUACCCACUUUUACGCCACAAUAAUUUAUUGUUUUCUCGUCCUUUCCCAUCUCACGCUUCUAUUUGAUCUUCAGGCUUCCUUCUUCGUUGCUUCAUAAAUAUGUAUUACAUGGACCUGGUUGACGAGGCUACUUUUUUGCAGUGGAGGGAAGAGGUGGAUCAAAAUUACCCUGCGAAGGGUCAGGCUCUCUUCGAGGUAAUGUACCUUCUUCAUGACACCAACCAAUUUGUAUUUAAUGUCCUCUUCAUUGAACCCCAAUACCCUGCGCCUUCUUUUCGGCACCUAGGUGAUUCGGUGGCUACGGUGGUUGGAAACGGCUGAAGAAGAGGAGGAGAACGAGGAAGCGACGGUUAGUGCUGAAUCAACUGAUCAACCAAGGGGGACGGAAGUAGAUUCUCCGCAUCAGCAGGACUUCACUGCACCUAGUGGAAUUUCCUCAAGUCAAGAGGAAAAUAGUGGUUCAAGCUAUUUUGGUUCCUUUGCUACCGUAUUGUCAAAUACAGACUGUCAACUUGCUUCGUACACACACGCGUAAUGCGCCAAGGCGCUUUCCUGCUGUUGUUCCGUGGACCCUGCACCCCCUCUCCCGAAUGGGGGAACAACUGCGCUUGCCUUCUCAAAAAGUACUGGUGAAGCUCUAUUAUCUUCUUUGUUGUUCUUUCUGUUUUGCAGACGGUGGAUCAACCUGUGGUCACCGCCGCUGUUGAUUGUUUUGCCCCAGUUACUACCCCCCCCACUCCUAAUUUUAUGGUGCAGUCGUUUAUGAUUACUGAAUGCCCUUGCAUGCUUACUCUGCGUCCCACGUUAUGUUGCAUGAACAAGUUAUUUUCGGACGGUUACUAAGAGACAUUCUGUCCCUGAGGUGCCCCGGCCUAAGACGGUUACUCUUUGAAAGCCAAAGUUGUGGCCAGUUUCUCCGAUGUGAGCCGCAAGCUGAGUUUGGGUCUAGUCCUCGAGUUGCCAGCUUGUGCUCAUGUAGGCGGGCCUGCAAUUGCCGUCUGGUUUGCCCAACGUAGUUCAGUCUCCAUCGUUACGACUUAUUUGAUAGACAACUGCUGAGGUUUCAGUGGUUGGCAGUAUGCCUUCGGGUUGCAUCAAACGGCGACGAACUGUUGCCUGGGGUCGAUGGGCAAUCUCUAUCCUGGCGGGUUGUAGCAGUUGCGAAACCGACUCGGAGACUCCAUUAAUGCAAGGAAAUUCCCUCCAGACUUCGGGUUGUUUUUCUUGUGGCCGUCGUCUGUUCACUCGGCGCUCGCUUUACUUGAUAAAAUAGCUUGGGUAUCCAUUGGCCCGAAAGAGGUCAUGAGGUAUUGCCGUCGAACUUGUCGGCUGGUGUGCUGCAGUAUGUUUCAACUCUUAGAACUAGAGUACGGACACAGCUGCGUUUGUGAGAGGGGUGUGAUUGCUGUUGAAAUGUAGUAUUUGUCUAGUGUUGGUGGCCUUUCUGAAAAGGGUAGUUUGCAAUUUCCCAGUUGAACACCGACGCACAAGGACAUCGAGGAGGGGGAGUUGGUUGUUUGUUUCAGCUUCCAUCGUGAAUUGGAUAUUCGGGUCGACCGAGUUAAGUAAUUCUUCAAGGUGCUUCACGUCAGAUGAUUUGACAAUGGCGAAGGUGUCAUCGACGUAACGAGCCCAAAAUCUUAGUUAGUACUUGGUGAACACCAAGUGUUCUAUCCGUUGCAUGGGGCGCUUAAGAGCCUUGUGCCUCGGUCGCACGUUCCGUUCCCGGCUUUCGUUUAAAAUGUGGUCGUCAUUGAUGGGUAGAUAAAUUGAAAGAAUCCCUAUGAGUAAUGCGGUUGUGGUUAUGUCGGCCGGAGUUGUGCUGCAGUGUUUGGCCAGCAGCGAAACGAAAAGAAGAAUCGAAUAAAGGGUGAAACGCUGUACGUAAUUAGCUGUAGUGGGCACAACGAACAUUCUUGACGUGCUUGAGAGAUUGGAGAUGGUUGAAGAGUCCGAUUACCCCUCCUGGGACGCGUGUUCACGGAUGUCGUGGUCUCAAAGACACUGGUGCCCAGGGCGCCGGUUAGGAUCACUUCCGCUGUUUAGCCUCGUCCUCAGCUAACCAGCCCAUUGGUUGCCGCAACGCGAACUCCUGGGAGGUCAUGGGCUCACAAGUGAUCAGGCCGAAAUUAGGAUAUAUUUACGAGUAUUUCAUUUUAAUUCUCCGCUUUUAAGGCAUGCGACGGAAGAAAUUCUCCGUUAGGAUUUCCACUUCGUCAUUGCUCAGAGCUCGUGACAACUAUUCAUGACAUGCAUGGCCAUGGACGUUGCGUCUACGGAGGCUGUUUACAUCCCGGCCGCUCCUCAUGCCUUUUGACUGCGCUCCCUUUACCAACUCACUAGUUUCUGAUGUACUUGGGUAAACCGCUUGUGGAAGGAGAUAUGAGAGACAUCAGUAAAUGCACUACCUAUGGCUCUGGUUUUAGCCAAUGUUCUGCCGCAAAUGACGAAGAGGGACCUAGAAUGUCAGAUCGGAAUACACAAAAUGAGAAGCUAACUGACGACUCGCAGUGGCGGGGAAGUUGUCUGUAUACUUGUAUCUCGCAUAACACGCCUGAUAUCCGACGCCCGCCUUUCGGGUAUUUCCCAUAAAUUGACGGUUCAGGUGCUCUAACCCAGUCCACCCUUUGCAUGGUUCAAAAAGUUUCUUCGGCCCUUUUAUAUCCGAGCUUAUUUUAGUAUGCGAUCGCGUCCAUCAAAACUGUGCAGUUUGACACCAAAGAAGGUCAAAUCCAUGUCCUCCCAAGCUACAGAUUCAAAGUUCCCUACUCAUUCUAGUUGGAUAUUUGGUCCCGCGAGUUCCAGAAAAUUGAUAUCUGCAAAACCGUCAGUACAGACGAAAAGGCGCGUUCAAGGAAGCAUAUGAAAAGGAGAUGCGAGCGUAUGUCUUUCAUCUCAAAGAGCGCGGACAGUUCGCGAAAUUCAUUCUGUGGCUGCACCCCAACACCGCCUUCCGUACUCGCCGCACUUGUUAGCAUGAAAUAAACUAAGUGGGGACUCGAGCAAUUAAGAGACUAACUUUGCAGGUAACUGUGAUGGAUAAGGGAUGGUUUCGACGGAUUUCAUCUGUUAAACUGUCGAAAGAAAAAUUUCAGAAAGAUCGAACAUCCUCGGGGAAGAUUUGGCUGCGAUUAGAAUGUUGCGAAAAUGAUUUCAGUCUGGACUCACGUCCAUGGCCACUUUCGCGCUGAAUCAAUCAACUUUUCAACGCUCAUGCGGCCAUCUAUUCUCGCAUGCAUGGCCACUCUCUUUGCGGCCACACUCAAUUGUAGGAAUCGUCAGCCCCGGAUUCGGCACAUAAUAAUUCCUAAUUACUCGUGUCUUCCCGCUUCCGUUACUAAAAGGAAACGAUCUCUGACCGUCACAUUGCCGUUAUAAAAUAUCCUCCCCAGGUGAUUUCAUGGUCGAUAGAGAGUCUGAUUUCACUUCUCAAAUGACAUCAUUAUAAGUAGAAUCCUUCUUAGUCGAGUGUUAAGCUGUUUUUUUUUCACACAGUGAUUGUCAAUUUGCCCCUUUAAUUCUGUUUGAAUCGUCCACAGAAUAAAAGUUAGCCCGGUUUUUCUGCUACUGUUGCUGAUAUCCCACCGAUUAAUUCCCCCUUCUAAACAACAGUGAGUCACAAUUUUACAGCUACCCUAUGUGUAGACUACCAAGCCUUUUCGUGGAUCUAAUAUUAGGAUAUCUAACGCCAGCCCGUUGGCAGUGUGCCGCUGUUAAGCUCUAUUAACGCACUUUUUUGACAAAAGCGAUGCAGGUUCUCGUUACCUAGCUGAAAUCCUUCCCACCCUCGAAAACGUUCGAGUACACAUUCACGCAUUUCAAUUUACUCUUACUGGACGCUUAAAACUGGGAAAUUUCAAAAUGCUCAGGACGUUCUCGAAGCAGCAAAAUAGUAGAAGGGUGUAGAGUGCAUGUAAAUUGAAAUAGAGAAAAAGUGCAGUUGCAUCCAUACAUCGAAACUGCGUCCUUAUCAUUGCACUUCGGAUGUUUUGUUCACUGCCCUCACCACUAGGAUGUUAAAAACCCGAGGCAAAAAGGUACGCAGUUAAACAUUGCGGAAAUUUGUCACACCACACAUGUUGUCCUUUAGCAUAUGUGGCCAAUGAGCGUCAGAAUUCUCAGCCAGACCUUCAUGCAACAUUCUGACCCAAUAAACCCGGAGGAUGGGAAGAAAUGUGACUGGCCUGUAUUCAUAACAUCGGGACGGCUGCCCGUCGUGUCGUUGGGAGAGGCGAAGAAUGAGGAAACCCACGUUGGAACUACAGGCACACUUCCGGUCCGCCGAUGAGGUUGGAUGGUCGUUGCACGACAGUACACUGACAAGAGUAGCCUGCUGAAGACUGCCACGCAUGGACAGGUAACUUAUGCAAUACCGUCUGGGUCGGUUAUACGAGACUGGACCGCGAUCGUAGGAAGCGAGCAGCACGCUGGCUGUCCGCAUCAAAUGCAUCGAUGAACCUGGUGGAUGCUUCUACUUCCCCCGCCCUAACACUCAGCACUCAUCUGUGGCUCCACGAAGGCAUGCUCAGCACGGCGACCACGCCCCCGAAAACAACCUUGGUUACCGAAGUAACCCAGAUGAGGGCGUCCGUCGCGUUUGUGUUUCCACGUCUGAUAGCGUGUUUCACUUACGCCAACUCUUUCCUACAUCCAAACAAAGUGUCCCACAGAGAGAGAAAGAGAGAGAGAGAGAGAAAGAGAGAGAGAGAGAGAGAGAGAGAGCGAUAUACGAUUCUGCAGGAGACCCAGGCUAGUCGCGAACAUCUUUCAUCUGCAACAAAGUCGUGCUCCACAGUCGACUCCGGCAACCUGCUCUGAUGAACAAGCAAACCUAUUUAGGGAUGCACGGCUUAUGACUUUGUGGGGAGGGAGCCGGAAAGUGUGCACUAAAAGUGUUAGUAGACAUGUCUUCGACAAGCUGUCCGUGGCUGGUAGACACAAAAUAUGCGGUCAAAUAGGCAUACGAAACAGCGGCCACCUCCGUUCCGAUUUCCGUGUUUUCUCACAGCCUGCUAGGGUGACUGCUCAUUCUGGCAGCCUGAAAUGUUAGCCCUCUCUUAGACAAAUUAGUAAACGACCAGCCAGAAAAUAUGACAUCUCUGCCCGUCAGGGAAAUGGCCCUGCACAGAGUGGGCAUUGCAACUGUCCAUGAGACAAAGGGAAGAGGUGGACGCCAUAAUAGGCCUCCUCCUGGAGCACAAGCCCAGAGCGGAGUGACUAAACGACAGAAUCAACAUCACGAUCGACAUCGUGUGAAAACUAUCCUGUCUUUCACAGAGAAUCCCCGGCCGUAUUAUGGUCGUGAAAUUAUCAGUCCUAGGGUAAAUGUUUCCCACUAACAUUGGCGUCUGCGCUCUAAUACUGACAUGUCCUGACGAAGCGGUAGAAAAAUUCCACGAAGAUUAGCACGUCGUCCAAGAAACCGUACCGUAGGGGGAUAAAUUAAUUGGUCCUGACGACUGUAGUGCUCGCGUCGGUACACACCACGCUACAUGGGAGAGAUGAUUGGUCUCUACAGUGGUAGGGGGCGCUCACCGAUCGUUCUUACGGAACUCACUCGUUCCGUUGUGCCUUAUGGACUCGCUCUCUCGAGCCCAACCAGCAGCCGCAGAGCGGCGCAUGAUAUAGGCUGAAUGACAUUACAGACAAAGAUAAGGGAGACUGGAAUGGCCACUUCCGGCUUAUUAGCCGUCGUCAGCCAGUCAUACCCAACCCCCAAGUGUGGCACACCCGAGGUUCGAACUCGCGACCUGUUUGUUAGAAGUCCACGCCUCUAACCGCUCCGCGGCUGCUGGUUGGACUCGAGAGAGAGUCCAUAAGGCACAACGGAACGAGUGAGUUCCGUAAGAACGAUCGGUGAGCGCCCCUCUACCAUUCUAUGUUCCCGAUCGAAAACAGACAGGGCAACAGGCUAGCGACUCAGUGGUUAGAAGCGUGGACUUCUGACCUACAGGUCGCGAGUUCGAACCUCGGGUGUGCCACACUUCGGGUCGGGUAUGACUGGCUGACGACGGCUAAUAAGCCAGAAAUGGCCAUUCCAGUCUCCUCUGUCUUUGUCAGUAAUGUCAUUCGGGUCUCUACGGGUUUGACAGCUGCAACAGAACUGGCCUCACUCCCCUUCAAAAAAGGACGACCCUCUCCUGCCCGACAUAUUCUUCGGUCUUCCUUGCUCGUACCUCAGGCAACGGCUGUACUUCGUCCUGGUCAGGAGGUGGGGCUGGCUCGAUGUGCGGUGCAGAACUCUAGAUGGAUCACAAACUUGUUAUCUCCAAGAUGAGCCUGCAAGCAGAGCGGUGCUGGCUCAUGCAAGGUAAGCAAACGCCAUAUAAGCUGAAUACUCCAUUAUUGGAUACGACCGAACAUCGAUUGGAAUUGAGCGAUCGUAUGAAUCUCGGAGUGGAGCAAAUGUAAAUCCUUGAAGAAAAUGUCACCGCUGAGACUCGGUGUAGUGAACUGCGAACGUCCUUCAGACCAUCUCACUGAAACUCCUCGACAGCACCAAAACUGGCUCGACAACAAGAAAAAAGAAGCGCAUCUCACAGCCAGCACCGAUAAGACCGCAUAGUUCUGAUGUCAAAACUCACUUGAGCAGAGACCGAGGGAGCUGCAGAGUGACAGGCUAACUCAUAAGGUUGGAGAAAUCCAAGAAUAUGCCGACGGCGGUGGGAUGAAGAAUUUGUUUUCUCGGUUGUCAGGACAUUCAAUGGUAAUCAAGCCAAGGAGACUGGAACGCUGUUCAGCUAAGAUGGAGCACCCCACUUUUGAGGAAGUCACAGAUCCUGAACAGCUGGGUCGAGCAUCUCAAUGGUAUCUCUAGUCAUGCAUCUAAAAUCUGCGAAAUCAUCAAACGGAUCCCAUUAGUUAACACCACUGACAACCUCAAUCGCCUAUCUACUUCUCAAGAGGCAAGAAAGGCAGUGUAGCGUCUUUCCAGCGGAGAAGCGCUGGGUGCAGACAGAGUCCCAGUCAACAUUUACAAACGCGAUGUUCCUUUAUCAUUCACGGACUUGCUUCACUUUUUUUAUGACAUGUGACGGUUAUGGAAACUGUCAGAUCACUGACAAACACUCCUAACUCUUCCCUCUCAAGAUUUCCGGAAAGAAGUUUAUAAAUGUGUCGCUUGGGCAUGUAUCUGGAGCAGAGACUCCUUCCGCAAGCACAACGCGGAUUCCUGAAACAUCGAAGAAUACCGAACAUGAUUUUCGUGGUCUGAUGACAAGGGGAAUAGUGCCAGAAAAUGCGGACCACCUUUUGCAUCACUUGGUCGAUCUGACCUUCGAUGGACUCUGGAAAAUUCUGUCGAAAUCUGCAUAUCCGGGAUGAUUCACAUGAGUCGUAAGACAACAACAUGGCGGGUUGAUCGCGCGCGUUAUGCAGAAGCGGCCCGUGCGUUUGCCGAGUGAGUACAUUUGAACGUCCGUAAUGUGCUCGUAAGAGCAUACGCAAGCAUUGUGGAUUUCUCGGUCGGCAGUCGCACGUCUUUGAUUGACUAGCCGCGCUGAUGCAUUCAUGCGGCAAUUGGCUGAAGAGGGUGUUACAGCGCGCGGUAUUGAUGCGAACCAAAGUAAGGUCUACAACUUCUCUGUGGAUAGCGCUAAACCGCAUGGAUUUGGUGGCGGCGAAUUUUGCGUUUUCUAUGGGUUGUUGUCCGCCUACAACUCGGAAGUUUGCAUUUUUAAUAAUUUCUGUUGUAAUAGCCGUCAGUACCUGAUGAACGUUUUCUAAAGAACUGUUUAUUGUAAUUAUUGGUCUGCUGAUGCCCAUUCAUUUGUACGAGUAUGUUUUAGGACACGUUGAUUUUUCCCUUUAAACGACCCUUUUGCUGGAGUUCAAGCUGGUCUAAGACCUAACGAGCGACACACGCCACAUCGCAAAAUUAACUCCAGGCGAUUCUGACUAAUACGCCCCUGUCGUCUCUACUUUUACCAGUUGCAUAUUCCUUUAAUGACGUUAACAAGACUACGUUCGGGAAGAGAAGGCCAAAAAUUGUUCACAUGAUGUAGUAGACGUAUCCCGGGCAAAUGUUCACGCAGGGCGACCAUCAGAGUAUCAGGUUCGACUUCGUAUCGGUUGUUGACUUUCUGUCGAGACGUGCAGCCUGUGCAUCCUGAGGCACUGAAGCCACCGAGGUCAAUGAGUCACUCUAUUUGUGUCGUCUCCAUCGAUGGCACAGUUUUUGGAAGGUUUCCUCAAACCGACAAUACUGACGUGAUUCCUCCUGGCCAGUGGUUGCCUCGGAGUAGUGAGGCAGAUUUUUUUGGGGAGGGGGGAGGGGAGGCAGUCACCCGCCUGACUACCUCGUCCUUGAUUGCGAAUUCUAAUCACGCAUAACAUCACAAUUCCUUGCCAUUGUCUCUCCAGUAGAAUGUUCACUGAAUUUUAGAUGCAUUUUUCCUGGCCCUGAGACACGUAUUCGGUGGGGACCGUCAAGUCCAACUUUUGUCUGGUGAGUUCGCUGCCAUAAAAACGCAUUCCUGUAAGUACAGAUGAGGACACGGGAACGUUGUUUUUCACUCGUUGUUUUAGCGUCUGAGGUCUUCAAGUUGGAAUCCCUGCGGCAGGACUUACGUGCGCUAUGCAGCUCACAGCGAACAGAGCGACGAGCUCGGUGAAGUUAAGGGACUGUCCCGUAGAAACGAUCGGCGAGCGCCCCUCUACCAAUCUAUAUUUCCGAUCGCAACCGACAAAACAACGGGCCAGUGGCCCUGCGGUUAGAGGCGUUGGACUUCUAACUAACAGGUCGCGAGUUCGAGUCUCAGGUGUUCCACACUUCGGGGUUGGGUAUGACUGGCUAACGACGACUAAUAAGCCAGAAAUGGCCAUUCCAGUCUCCCCUGUCUUUAUCGGUAAUACCAUUCUGCUUAAAGGACUGUUAACAGUUCGGCUUUACAGUGUAACUCUGACUUUAGCUUUGCAAUAAACAGGCUCAGAUCCCCUCGCUUUGGCUGUGACGAUGAUGACAUCACGCCAAGCAAGAUUUGAUGUUGCUUACAAAUGCAGAAUUUUCUAGUUCUAUCUACAUGUCCUCACUAUAGCAGACGGUCCGAUAAGAUCAACAGCGCUCCUCACAGGAGCUUCCCCCGGUCACAAGCCCCCGUUUCCCGUGAUGAAGAUGGGGUUGCAACGCAGAAUGAUGUUAAAGGAAGGGAGGGAACAAGGGAAAUUUCCAGCCCUCAGAAAGGGCAAAAUUCAGCCUCCUGCCGUGUCUUGUCACGGCGCGUGCGCACUUGAAUCGCGGCUCUGCCAAUACGCCGCACCCUUCCGCCGCGUCAAGAGCGACGAAGCCACGUAAGCCUAGCCUGCCGUCAGUUAUGCGCACAGCUGCUGAUGGAAGCAACUUUUCCAGCUUUGGUCGCAGGCUGAAUUCAAGGUGGCUGAUUUUCGCACUAGGUGGCGUUCACACAACGAUCAGUGCCGUCCGUACAUGGGAACGCGACAAUCAGCAUAGCUCUAGAUAACAUGGUCCAGACGUGCAAGCCACGCGGAGGCUUAACUGGGUAUCAGCCUUUGAUAGUGAUUUUUGUAACUUAAUGACGUAGAUGGUUUAGCCCAUCAGCAGGGGUUAAGAACUACGGAGGUCGGAGUUACGUCUGUGAGUUUGUCCCUCUAUUGCUGUCCCCUUAUACUUAGUUUUGCGAUUUUAAAAAAUGCAGGGAGCGUAUCACUCCGGCUGAUUUCGCACUGAGCGGUCUGAAAGAAUUAAACUGCUAUGCAAUUCUGGAGUCCCUGUAACGAAAGCUAUCGACAAGAUUGUCAGAACUGAACUUGCACUUAAAACUGUUAAUGAAGGUAAUUUUCGAAUUUCAGGUAUAUGUAUGAAAAGACUGAUUGAGCACCGGUACAAUUUGUUUAAUUUUUCGAGCCUCUAAACUGGUGCAAGGGGUAAGUCGUUAAAGACAAAAGCUGAAACUGGUCGUUGAUUGGCUACCACCCCCUAUAACAAUGGUUUGUUCUGUGGCUGCUUUUAUCUCUGACGUUGAACUCUUGCAAAAACUCGGAAGCUCGGAAAAAUGUACAAAUGGCCACGGUGCUCGACCAGUCUUUUCAACUCCAGGUCGGGUGCGGUUAUGCAGCCCCACCUGAAGCAAACAAACCCCAGCCACCUGUAACAUGGGAUUGGUGGUAAUAGGAGUAUUUACAGGUGGGGCACAGGCGACAAAGUUAAGUAAUCGUGUGCAAAAGAAAAAACUGUCGGGAGUGCGCGGUUUUACUUUGAGCAGUUGAGAAAUAGUUGCUCCACCCCUAACGCUAACCCUAACCUCUAACCCUAACCCCUAACCAUAACCCAUGAGCAUAUGCCAUAACCACAAACCCUAGCCCUAACCCCAACCCCAACAGUAUAGCGUCCAUCAGGUGAGGCUACGUAACCACAUCUUACCCAACCCCUAUUUAAUGCUGCUUUAGACGUUUGCGGUAAGUGAGCACUCAGCAAGCUACUGGCCCAGUGGCUGGGAGACCUGUCCCUUUCUACGCCUUCGCACCUAUUCUCCACUCCCUCAACUCUCUACCCUUCUCUCUUCCCCACGGUCGAAAGUCUGCGCCUCCUAGUCUUCCGUUGCUUGUCACGUUGCCCUCCUGUCCGCCUCACACUCCCUGUCGAGUCGCCGCUGGAACUAGCGAGCGUUCGAGGCCAAUCAACGCUGCCCCAUCUGUGAUUGGUUGGCGACACCAAGGCAGAGCGAAAAGCACACACACGCUGGGAUCUAAGCACCUCAACGGCGGACACAAACAACGCAACUUGCCCGGAGAGAUCGCUCGCGGCGACUGCUUGCAAAGCUUUGUGUACGCACUUCCUCAGCAGUAAAGGUACUCCAACCCAACCCGUCUUGUCUGACUUCUGAUUUUGCAAUCUUUGUCUUAUCGACCACACCACUUCCGACAGUCCUACGGAUCACCGCAUUGUCGUCUCCAAGAUGAGGCUCUCUCUGCAACCACUCCGAAGGUCACAAGUUAAGUGGUCCCCUAGGUAAGCUGAAUAUCUCUUGAUUGUCCUUGCCUAAUCACCCUUGCUUUUCAGCACUCAACUAGCUACUGACCCAGUGGCUGGAUGACCAGCCCAUUUCUACUCUCUCCGCACUCUCGCCUGCCCUUUACUCUCCAUCUGCCCCCUACCCUACUCUACUGUUUUACCCCACGAUCGAAAGUUCAACAGAGAGUGCGACAACAAUCACGUAGCCGGCCCAGGCCAUUGGUCGUUCUCUCACUAAAGCCCGUGACCCAUAAUGGAGGGCGGUAUCCGUCAGAUGCGACAAAGCAGCCCUAUUUAGAGAGGAUGAUGAUGAUGAUGAUGAUGAUGAUGAGGAGGAGGAGGAGGAGGAGGAGGAGGAGAAGGAGGAGGAGGAGGAGCAGGAGGAGGAGGAGGCUAGAAAAAGUGCCCUAAACAAAGCUGGGCCCACGGCUUCUGCGCGCUGA